UCUGCAAGAUCCCCGAUGGCGCUGCCGUCUUCCUUCUUGGUGGCCCUGGUGGCGCUGGGCUGCAACUCCGUCUGCUCUCUGGGCUGUGACCUGCCUCAGACCCACGGCCUGCUGAACAGGAGGGCCUUGACGCUCCUGGGACAAAUGAGGAGACUCCCUGCCAGCUCCUGCCAGAAGGACAGAAAUGACUUCGCCUUCCCCCAGGACGUGUUUGGUGGAGACCAGUGCCACAAGGCCCAAGCCCUCUCUGUGGUGCACGUGACGGACCAGAAGAUCUUCCACUUCUUCUGCACAGAGGCGUCCUCGUCUGCUGCUUGGAACACCACCCUCCUGGAGGAAUUCUGCACGGGACUUGAUCGGCAGCUGACCCGCCUGGAAGCCUGUGUCAUGCAGGAGGUGGGGGAGGGAGAGGCUCCCCUCACGAACGAGGACUCCAUCCUGAGGAACUACUUCCAAAGACUCUCCCUCUACCUGCAAGAGAAGAAAUACAGCCCUUGUGCCUGGGAGAUCGUCAGAGCAGAAAUCAUGAGGUCCUUGUAUUAUUCAUCAACAGCCUUGCAGAAAAGAUUAAGGAGCGAGAAAUGA